AUUGGCUCUGAGGAACCAUGGCCAACUCAUCACUUCCGGCGGAAAAGGACGCGGGAGAUUCGAUUGGAGGGCGUUUGGUGUGCAGCAGAGAUCAGCUGGCCUGCGUCUCCGAGCGUUGCCCGGGCAGGGUCCCCGGCCUCUGCCUCAGGCUACAGUGUGAACACAUGAUUAGAAGAAGAAAAUUUCUUCUUGCCUCAGUUCUUGCUCUCCAGAAUUCAAGUUUUAUAUAUCCUUCAUGUCAAAAGUGCUUCUCGCGGAUAAUCCUAGUCUCCAAAAGGUUUAAUUGUCCAAAAUGUGGCUCUACUGGUGAAGCUGAAAAUGCCAGUUACAGAUAUAAACUUUCCAUAAAAGUUGCAGAAUCAAACAAAUUAUUUGGCAUUACUGUAUUUGGAAGCUGCUUAGAUGCAUUUUUUGGUCUUACAGCCACUGAUUUGCAUAGAUACGUUCAAGAUCCUAAUGAAAUCCCAGAAACACUGGACAGUGAUGCUACUCAGAACCUGUUAGCUAAAGCAGUUGAAACUUGCUUUGUUGGACAGAGCUUCAUUUUUGGAGUGACGAAUUUUGAAAACAAACAUGGGCAAGGUUCAGAUUCUAGUAACUUCUUACAGCAGUGCCCUGACCACAAGAAAGAAGUUAAAGCACUAGUAGCCUCCCAGAUUAUUCUACCAGACCCACGUGUUGCAGGCUCCACUGUCAUUGACUAUUUCCAUCAGCUCUUGCGGCUCUCUGACUUUAGGAAACUUCACGGUGGCUCCCAGACACCUAAUAGUCACUUACUUGCUUUAGAACACUCCAGCAGUGAUCUCAGCAACAUAUGUGAUCCUGACAGCAGUUCUUGUUUUUUUGAGGCUCACAGCAGAGAGAAUUUUUUAAGGUUCUGGCAGCCAUCACUUGAACUCACUUCCAUUGUUUCACAACUAGCAGAUGAUGAUAAUUUUUCAGCUUCAGAACAAAGCAAGGCCAGUGAUACUCUUCACCAGAACAGAAAGUGUAUCUCCUUUGCAGAGGCCACUGGUUCCAAUAGCUGCCAUGAUGCCAUUCAGGGUCCAUGGAGUCUUGUUUCAUAUAUGGAUAAAAAGAGUACAUCACAAAAGUCAGGUGAAGAACUUGGCUUACAAGCUAAUCAGCCAAGUGCAGUUCACAGCAGUCAUGAAAUUGGAGUUACUGGCUCUAAUUUAUUCCUUUUGAAAAUGCAAGAGCCCCUUGAGCCAAGAAAUACAAAAUCCUUCCACAGUGCAGUGGAAAUUAAAAACAGGUAUUCCCAGUGUGAGCUAACCCAUCACCAGUGUCAUGAUGUAGCUACCCUCCUGAGCCUUCAGGAGAGAUCUACAUGUCCACCGUCAUCACUCAGACUUGAAGAGAUAGAUGGUGGUUCCCAGGAUUGUGACCCUGAGAUUUGGGAUGAACUGCCAUUCUCUGAAAGCUUAAACAAGUUUCUGGAAGUUAUUGAAAGUGAAGUUGCUAUAACCCAGACAGAUGCCAGUAGUAGAAAACAUCAUCUAGAUAGUGACAUUGAUAAAUUACAAGCAUACCACAGCAAGUUAUGUGUGACUCCCCAGAAAACUACUGGAGCUUUGCCUACACCACCUAUAUCUUUAAGAUCAUCACAAGCAACAGUCAAAGCAAACUCUGAGAAAGAUAACUUCCUUUCCAACUGUAAAGCGAAUCUGACUCCUAGUGUUCAAAAUGAGUCACAAUCAGGUAAUACAGCAGAGGCUGUCUCUAUAAGUAGGAAUGGAAGAGAUAUUUCUGAAUAUUUUCUGCCAAACACUUAUUUGUCAGCUUUGUUUCCAUCUUCAAGAGGUCUAGGAAAACCAGCUACUCUUAGGAAGUCUACCAGAAUUCCACCACAUACGGCUGAAAUUUCACUUAAGUGCAGUACUUCAGAGAGUGACCAUUCUUGUCUCAAUAUCAAGUAUUUUAAUGGAUGUGGAGAAAAAUCACUUUCAGAAAUGAGUAAAAAACUGACAGCUUUUUGUACUAGGAGGUAUAAUGAUUUUUCUGACCUUUGCAACUUAGAAAAUAAACAACAUAGUAAGUGGCCUAAGAACCAAGAUGACAGUUUUACAAUUUGCAGGAAACUUACAUAUCCUUUAGAAGCAGUUUGCAGCAGUAGUCCAAAUAGAAGUAAAAAUACAUUGAAAGAAAUUCCUUAUGGACAUAUUAAUAAUACUUUAACACAGAACUAUUCAGCUGGUCCUGAAGGUAGCUAUGAUGCUUCUGCUGAUCUCUUUGAUGAUGGUGCUAAAGAAAUAGACAUCGCGAAAGAAAUUACCAAAGAAUCACAGGAUAUUGUGUUACAGUGGGGAGAGUCUUUGGCAAAAAAUCAUCAUGCAGAUUCUGAUUUUUCACUGAGAUCACUUUCUGAAAACUCCAGCCAGUCUUCACAAAAAUUAUCUUUGCAAAACAUAUCUGUCUCUGUGUAUCCAAAAACAUGCUCUUCUCCACCUCAUUUUCAGUCAGAUUCAGAAAAUGAUUUUGAAGAUAGCCAAGACUUUGUUCCAUGUUCACAGUCAACUCCAGUUGCAGGAUUCCACCAAACAAGAAUUCAUAGGAUAAAAGGGGCUUUCCAGAAAAUACCUGCCUUUUUAGAUCUUGAUGGUAACUAUAAAAAAACAAGCUUUUCCUUUAAAAAUGAGGCACAGCAAGCCAACCCCAGCUGUCCAAAAAAUAUAAAUGUAAAAACACCCAGCCAGAAAUCCAGAAGCCCUGUUAUAUCUGGUAUUACACAACCAGAAGUUUUCAAUAACUGUCCUAUUGCCGAGUGCCUUGCAUCUGACAUUGAUGAAUGGGUCCCUCCUACCACAAAAAAAGUAUUUCUUUCAGGUGUGCUUGGAUUCCAAGCCAUGGGUCUAAGGAAAUGCCCUGCUGCCCGUAAUUCUCCUGAUCAAAAAGAACUACCGAGAAAGAAACUAAAAUAUGUCAAACAAGGAACUGAUAAAUGUUUAAUUAAGAAGUCAAAUUUAAAGAAUAUGCUUACAGCAGUAGUUACAAAACAGAAAACACCUAACUGUAACAGUACAAGUUCAGGCUGGAUUUCCAAAGAGCCAGUUUUGGGACUUGGUCCUUGUUCAGAAGUCAAAUGUUGCCUUACGUUUUCAGAAAAUUGGCCACCUUCAGUGCCUGAAAUGGAAAGUGUGUGGUCUCCUGAAUUAUUUUCACAAAAAGUCACCUGAACCCCAUUGCUGAACUUUUAAAGGUAAGUCUGUUCGGAAACUUUUGCCUCCACUGGCAUGAAAAGCAUUCUUACCGUUUUGAACACUUAAAGAGACAAGUAGAAAAGAGGUGCUAUUGUGCUCUUUUAAAUGUUUGUAAAGCCAUUGUUUUUCUUUCUGAGUGUUUUAUCCAGAAUACUCUGAUUCAGAUAAUUUGACACUUUAUGUUGUUGAUUGUACUUUAGUAAUAAUUGUUAAUUUUGCUUGUUAAAAGUAUUUGUUAAAAACACACGUACAUUCAGUAAUAAAGUUUUUGCAGACCACAA